AUGGCUUCCAUCCAAAACUACGACCCUAAUUACUUCCCAUAUUUUCCUCCGGCGCCACCUAACUGUAUUCCUUCACCGCCCAAAGUGGCACCACCCCAUCAACGCAUCACGCCGCCGCCUCCUCCUCCUCACCAUCCUUCCGUCCCUCCGCCGCCGCCCCACCAUCCUCCCUUGGUCCCUCCGUCGCCGCCGCCUCCUCACCAUCCUUACGUCCCUCCGCUGCCGCCCCACCAUCCUCCCUCGGUCCCUCCGCCGCCGCCCCACCAUCCUCCCUCGGUCCCUCCGCCGCCUCCUCCUCACCAUCCUUACGUCCCACCAUCCCCUAUCGUGCCGGUACCGCCCCAUCAUUUUUCUCCGCCGCCACCACCUAGCAUUUUCCCCCCUCCGCCCCCACCGGGACACCACUCAUCUGUGAUAGUCAUUGUCUUCGUCUCCCUCGGAGGACUGUUCCUUCUCGCCUUGCUCGCGGUUGCCUUGUGCUGCUUAGCUAAGAAGAGAAAGAAGAAAGAGAGUGAAGAAAUUGAUAUAGUGAAAGUCGAUGAACAUUUCACGGUGCAUGAAGCCAUGGUCUCUGGCCCACAAGCUGUGGUACUCAUUGACGAGGAUGUGCAUAUUCAAGAAGAUAUCAUCAAGAAUGAAACCGUGGGUAAAGGGUCACAUAUGAGGUCGAAAAAAUUUCGUCCUCAGGCUCUGGACGAGGAACCAUCAGCUUCAUAG